CAAAACAAAAAGAAAUCCAAAGUUAAGACAGAGGAGCGCGAGCAGCCGCCGUGUCGUCACUCGUCCUUUACUCCGCGGUGAUGAAGAGCUUCAGCGGAUCACGAGCCGCUCUUCACAUACUCAGAAGAGACCUCCAUCAUCAUCAUCACCACUGUGUGGGGAUAAUAGGUGCACCUUUCUCUAAAGGACAGCAGAGGGAUGGGGUGCAGAGAGGAGCGGACCUCAUUCGAGCUGCUGGAUUGGUGCAGAAACUUAUAGGGGAAGGUUGUGUAGUGAAGGAUUAUGGGAAUCUGACUUUUGAGGAGGUUCCCAAUGAUGAGCCAGUUGGCAGGCUGAAGACCCCGAGAGCAGUCGGCCGUGCCAAUGAGCUGCUCGCAGGAGCUGUGCAGAAGGUCAAGAGCCAUGGAAACACUUGUGUGAUGCUGGGAGGAGAUCACAGCUUAGCGAUUGGCUCGAUCUUUGGUCAUGCCGCCUCAAGACAUGAGUUGAGUGUUUUAUGGGUGGAUGCACAUGCAGAUAUCAACACACCUUCAUCCACGCCAACGGGAAACAUUCAUGGCCAGCCGCUGUCGUUCCUCAUCCAUGAACUGCACUCAAAGAUUCCCAUAAUUCCAAAUUUUACAUGGUUAAAAGCUUGUGUAGCAGCGAAGGACGUUGUCUACAUUGGGCUCAGAGAUGUGGACCCGGGAGAACAUUAUAUCCUGAAGGACCUUGGAAUCAAAGCCUUCUCCAUGACAGAAGUUGAUCGGCUUGGAAUUGCAAAAGUCAUGGAGCAGACAUGCGAUCACAUGUUUUCAAAGGUGAAAAAACCCAUCCACCUCAGUUUUGACAUUGAUGCGCUGGACCCAUCAGUGUCACCUGCAACAGGCACACCUGCAGCGGGAGGACUGACCUACAGAGAGGGCAUUUACAUCACUGAACACAUCUGUCAGACAGGACUUCUCUCUGCUGUAGACAUGGUGGAAGUGAACCCAAAGCAGGGCAAAACAGAAGGCGAAAUUAAAUCAACAGUAAAUGCUGCUGUGGAUCUGUUAUUGGGCUGCUUCGGAAGGGUCCGUGAGGGGUUUCAUGAUCCAGAUUACAAGAUGCCAAAUCCAUAAAUCACAGGCUUUAUUUUUUUAUAUAUGUAUUUACUGUCAUCAUUAAAAAGAAUUUAAAACU